UUUUUUUGUGGGAGGAAGGGGUUAGGAUAUAAGGAGCUGCCUUCUGUGGUAUUGGAGUCUUAGUCCAUAUAGCUUCUUACUAUCUACUGACUAGCAGCUCCUCUUCUGGGGUUUUGAGGAAAGUUAUUUCCCAGCUUUCUUACUCUGGAGCUGCCAUAGAUUUGCUACAAGGUGAUGUACACAUGGAGCAUACGCUUUCCCACUAUUGAACCCUCCAGAGGUUUGGAGCGCCCAGUCUUUGCAACUACUCAGAAAGAUUCAACCUCUUGCAUCAUUCAUUGCUCCCUGCUACAACACUUGACGAAAGCACCUUGCCCCUUAUAAUCUGCCAGUGCUAGCUGCGUUGUUACAACAGAACAGCUACAGCUCUCCCCAUGUUAUGGAGUCGCACAGUGGGGGUGGCUGAUAUUUUCAAUUUAAUCCAAGCAUUCAGGUUCUUGCGGCAGCUGUCUUUGAUAUUGUUUUCAAAACCCAGUGGGGAAGAAAAUAAGUCUGUUCGGGCUCUUCUUUGGAGGAUGUCUUUAGAAAAGUAGUGAUAGUAACUUAUUGACAGGAGGACUCAGCUGGAGAUCAAAGCCAGACUGGAUUUAUAAGGACAAAAGCAGCAGGCACCCGAACAGGUGAAUAAAUGUGGUGAAGUCUUAAAUGUCCCAGAAUUGUGAGCAAUAGUUUUAAAGCAGAGCUGGGGAACCUUAUUCCUGUCAAGGGCUGCAUUCCCUCAGGGGUAAUCUUUCAAGCGUUGCAUGCCAAAGGUGGGCAGGGCAAGAGCUGAAAGCAGGCAGAGUUUGCACCACUGCUGGAUUGCUCAGCUUUUUCUCUCUCUCUCUCUGCUACUCCAUCAUGCUUGUGGUGUCUGCCUUUCGGCUUUCUCUGUCCACCCACUCUUCCAUUAGUACAGGUUAGAACUGAUUGCUUGCAGAUGGCUUUUUCUUUUCUCCUUCCCUCACUCCAUCCAUCUCCAGUUUUCCCUCUGCCUCACCCUCGGAGAUCCCCCCCCCCACCCUGUGGCUCACUGUGAAGCUUUUCCCUCCGGGCUCACCAUGUAACAGCAGCCACACCUCCUACUCCACCUGUCUCUCAUUGUCACACAAUGGAAGACAAAGCAAUUCUCAGGGGGUGGCCCCAGAGAGCAAGAGUGGGCCAACAAUAUCUAGAAUGCUGCAGGAAAUUGGGGUGGGGGCACAGGUUCCCCAUCAAGGUUUAAAAUGACCUUUUGCAAUCUUCAUUUGUUGUGUUAGCAUAUUAAGUAUUUGGAAAAAAGAAGACUCCUAGUUCUCCUAGUAUAUUGCAGCAGAUAGCCAAAUUACUUGAUAUACUCUGGGUUGACUGGCAAUGACCUUCCAAAAAAAACCCCCAAACAGAUAAAUACUCUAGAGCUCAAAAGUGCACAUGCUAAAAUUAGUUUACCUAGUGAGUUCCCAAGUGCUUAUAGGGAAAACAUGAAUCUUGCCAAGGUUAGAUAUUGGAAGUAUGAGAGAUCUGUGUCUGCUAGGUAACCUGAGUUUUUUCUGACUGGUUUAACAGGAAGCUCCAUUGUAGAACAAAGGAAUUCCUGAGGAUCCAGUAGCAUGUGUGUUUAUAUCUGAGGGAGCGGAGACAGAGGGUGAGGAGGGAGUAACUAAAUUCUGGCAGUCUUGACUAAGUGAGAUUUAAAGGAUUCCAUGAGCUUAGUUUGCAUCCCUGAAAGAAGUCAUGGCGCGCCAUUUCUUUUCUCUUGAGUGGGGUAUGUGCAUUGAGAGUGCAAUAAUAUCACAAGGGGCUCUUGUUGGGCUUUUUACUUUUAAUCAUUUAUAGAUGCACUUUUCUCUGCUAUGACUAACUCACUUCUGAUAACAGGAAAUGCAGGACAGCUGACUGUUCUGUUCAGAGAGUAGCUAAACAGUGUCCAGAACGGGGAAUGAGGAAGAAGCUUAUUUUGCUACUGCAUCAAAAACUAGCCACCCCAUGACUCUCUAAAUUCCUUCUAUCAUAGUGGAUCGGAUUUGACAAAGGGAGGAGGGAGUAAGAGAGGCUGUUUGUGAUUUGGGGACCCAGCAGGUAAACUAAUUUUAGCACUGCACAUUUGCGCUUCUCAUAGUUAUGUGUUCAGGUUUUAUUUUGGAAGAUGGCUCUACCAGUCAACCCAGAGUAUAUCAGGUACCGCAGGCUCCCUGUUGUGAAAUAGUAGGAGAACAAGGAUCAUUCUUUUUUCAGAGUUCUGUUCCAAAUUCAUUAUUUUAAAGUCUUCAUUUCAAUUCAGACAAUCUUCUAAACCAUGGACUUGGGUAUGCCCCCCCCCUUCCCUAAACAGCAGCAAGAAGAAUUAUUCCAGUUGUAGUUCAUUGCAGUACCUGAACUGGGAAAACUAUGGUCUCCAAGCCAUGGUUUUGAAUUGGUUCUUUGGUUUAGAGGUAGUGCUAAACGUCAUUUCUCAAAACUAGGAAGUUGAGGACAAAAUCGGCAUGUGAGGCUGCUGCUUGUUCCCAAGUCCUCUGUACCACAGUGUGGAAGAUUACCUGAACUGAGUUGUAAUAGUUUGUGGCCUGGCCUGGAUCCUCAAAAUGUCACUGCUGCCCUAAUCUUAAUAAGGUCCUUUGCUUUAAUAACUUACAUGGUUCCUGCAUUAUUGCUUAUGUUUUUCAAGCAAACUUUGGAAAACACAUCACAUUUUCAGCUACUGCCUCCCGCCUCCCUGUUGUGCGAUAAGUGAGAUAAAAUAUUGGUAGCUUUCUUGGCCCACUGUGAUAUUAUAUAUUUGAAUGGUUGUUGAGCAGCAGUGCAUGUACAGCAGUUUUCAAGCUGUGCUGCAGAACUCUGGGCUCCCUCUGAAAAACAUCUUUUUUAAAAAAGCCUAAUCCGAGACUGAAAAAUAUCCUCAAAUUUUAGUCACCAACCCCUUACAGGGAUUGAGGGGAUGAGGUGGGGGAAAUAUGCCUGCCAUCAAACUAAUAGGCUCUUUCAGAUCCUGGACUAUCUGGUGGGUUUGCUAGAAUCUGACUUGUGAUACAGUCAUCAUUCAUGUUCCUGACUUAAGUUUGCUAUGGCACUGCAGUUACCUUACCUGCUACUUUUAUUUGUGAUAUUUGAUCACGAUGUGCUUGAUUUUCCAAACUUCUAACCAAACAAAAAAGCUAAUAGCCUUUGCUGCAGCUGUUAACUUUCUGGACCAGAAUCAAACCCUGAAGCUGUCCAAGCCAUGUUUGUAUUUACAGUAUAUUUAAGGAGUGUUAGGAUGUGCGUCUAGGAAUAAACAACUUAUCCAGAUUUUUGAGGCCGUGGUGGUCAGUUUUCAAAGAACAAGUGACACAAUAAAUGUUUGUGAAGAGAUAAGAGAAUGCAAAAUACAUGAAUUUGCAUCUGUGCUACUCUCUGACUGAUUUUUAUUUUCUUUCUUUUCCCAUGUCUGUUGUAACUCCUUCAGAAGCAGAUGCUUUUACAGAUUCUGCAAUCAGUACUAAAGUUAAUGGUGAACACAAGGAAAAGGAUCUUGAGCCUUGGGAUGGUGGAGAAGGCACUACUACAGAUGAGCUUGAAGCUUUGGAAACCGAUGUUUCUAAUGGAUGGGAUCCUAAUGAUAUGUUUCGAUACAAUGAAGAAAACUAUGGUGUAGUGUCAACUUACGACAGCAGUUUGUCUUCAUAUACGGUACCCCUUGAGAGGGAUAAUUCCGAAGAAUUUUUAAAAAGGGAAGCCAGGGCAACCCAGUUAGCAGAAGAAAUUGAAUCUAGCGCUCAGUACAAAGCUCGAGCUGCUUUGGAAAAUGAUGACCGGUCAGAAGAGGAAAAAUACACAGCUGUUCAGAGAGGUGCUAGUGAGCGAGAAGGUCAUGGUGUGACCCCCAGGGAGAAUAAGUACAUUCCACCUGGACAGCGGAAUAGAGAUGUUCUUUCCUGGGGAACUGGGAGGCAGAAUUCACCAAGGAUGGGCCAGUCCAGUUCAGGCCCACCAAUUUCAAGAUCUGGGUCUCACUCAUCGGACUACAGUUCUAACUCUGGAGCAGACCAAAGAGUAGUUAAUGGAGGUGUUCCCUGGCCAUCGCCUUGCCCAUCUCCUUCCUCUCGCCCACCUUCUCGCUACCAGUCAGGUCCCAACUCUCUUCCACCUCGGGCAGCCACCCCUACAAGGCCGCCCUCCAGGCCCCCUUCGCGGCCGUCCAGGCCCCCGUCUCACCCCUCUGCUCAUGGCUCUCCAGCUCCUGCCUCUACUAUGCCUAAACGCAUGUCUUCAGAAGGCCCUCCGCGGAUGUCUCCAAAGGCACAGCGGCACCCUCGAGGCCACAGAGUCUCUACUGGGAGAGGAACAAUUUCAAGUGGCUUAGAAUUUGUCUCUCACCCCGUGCCAGGAGAAGCCACCACACCUUCAUCGGCCCGAGGCAGCCCUUCAGGUGGGACAUGGUCAUCGGUGGUCAGUGGUGCCCCUAGGUUGUCCCCUAAAGCGCACAGACCCCGGUCUCCAAGGCAGAGCAGUGUUGGCAGUGUGCCUUCUGGGCCAGCUCUGUCUUCUCCUCAAGCUGGCUCUACUCCAGCAGAGCCUGUAGCUGCACCUGUUCUAGCUGCAUCUCCUACCCCAGCCAGCCCUGCAUCCAUUAGAGCAGGUACACCAUCAGCUGAAGCUAAAGAUUCAAGGCUUCAGGACCAGAGGCAGAGUUCUUCUCCUGCUAGCACCAAGGAACCCCUGAAGCCAAGUGAAAUGUCUCCCAGCUUUAGCAAACCUGAAAACAAAGCAGGUGUGUCUCCAGCUGUCCUAGAACAUAGAAAACAGAUUGAUGAUUUAAAGAAGUUCAAGAAUGAUUUUAGGUUACAACCCAGUUCCGCCCCAGAAACAGUGGAACAGCUGCUAACCAAAAACAGAGAUGGUGAAAAAUCCAGAGAGGUUCCUAAGGAGAAGGGUGACGCCAGCUGCAAGGACUCUGUAACUGAAACUGGCAGCAAUGCCACCUCAACCAGUGGCAGUAGCAAAUCAAAUAGCCCCAGUAUUUCACCACCUGGUGGCAGCCUGGAGCAAAAGCGAGGGCCUGAGGUGACCUCGCAAGGAGUGCAGACCUCUGGCCCUGGAGCGAAGCAGGAGAAAGAGGAGAAAGAAGAGAAAAGGGACACCACCGAGCAAGUUAGAAAAUCAACACUGAACCCUAACGCAAAGGAGUUCAACCCUCGAUCAUUUGCUCAGCCCAAGCCUUCCACCACACCAACGUCACCCCGUCCGCAGGCCCAGCCCAGCCCUUCCAUGGUGGGCCAUCAGCAGCCCACUCCGGUGUACACCCAGUCGGUUUGUUUCGCACCAAAUAUGAUGUACCCUGUUCCCGUGAGUCCAGGUGUUCAGCCUUUGUACCCCAUUCCCAUGACGCCUAUGCCAGUCAACCAGGCCAAGACCUAUAGAGCAGGUAAAGUAUCAAAUAUGCCCCAGCAGCGGCAAGACCAGCACCAUCAAAACACCAUGAUGCACCCUGCCUCUGCUGCCGGGGCUCCUAUUGUUGCUACACCACCUGCUUAUUCAACGCAGUACGUCACCUACAGCCCCCAGCAGUUCUCCAACCAACCUCUCGUUCAACAUGUGCCGCAUUACCAGUCUCAGCACCCCCACGUCUAUAACCCUGUAAUACAGGGCAAUGCCCGGAUGAUGGCACCACCGGCACACCCGCAACCCGGCUUAGUUUCUUCCACUGCUACGCAGUACGGUGCGCACGAGCAGACCCACACGAUGUAUGCAUGUCCCAAAAUACCCUACAGCAAGGAGACAGGUCCUUCUUUCUACUUUGCCAUUUCCACUGGUUCCCUUGCUCAGCAGUAUGCCCAUCCCAGCGCCACCCUGCAUCCGCACCCGCCGCACCCACAGCCUUCUGCCACGCCCACAGGGCAGCAGCAGAGUCAACAUGGGGGAAACCACCCAGCUCCCAGCCCAGUGCAGCACCAUCAGCACCAGGCCGCCCAGGCCCUCCACUUGACAAACGCCCAGCAGCAGUCAGCCAUCUACCACACUGGUCUUGCGCCAACUCCUCCUUCCAUGACCCCAGGCUCAAGCACACAGUCUCCUCAGAGCAGCUACCCUGCAGCUCAACAGACGGUCUUUGCCAUUCAUCCUUCCCACGUCCAGCCCGCCUACACCAACCAACCGCACAUGGCCCAUGUCCCCCAGGCCCAUGUGCAGUCGGGAAUGGCUCCUAAUCACCCAACUGCCCAUGCUCCAAUGAUGCUCAUGACAACCCAGCCACCACCCGGUGGGGCCCAAGCCGCCAUUGCGCAAAGUGCACUACAGCACAUUCCAGUUUCACAAGCGACACACUUUCCCUACAUGACGCACCCUUCAGUACAAACCCACCAUCAACAGCAGUUGUAAAGCUGACCUGGAGUAACUGUGAGGCUGGAUCCCUCUUUUGUUUCUUUCUUUUGGUUUUUUUUUAGGCCAAAUACCUUCCUUCUCCUGCUUCUACCAACUUGGAAGCACAGAAACAAAAAACAGAAAUCAAAACAAAAUCUAGUAUUUCACUUUAUUUUUGUUUCUAAGAGGAAAAAAACACACCAUCCAAUAGGAAUGCUAACAGUUCACUUUGCAGUGGGAGAAAUUCAGACUGAAACAAAAGGCAUGUAGAGCCCUUGUGGGACGAUUCCAUAAUUCCAUGUGUUGUGUCAAAAAAGGAAAACAAAAAAAUCCCUGCCCCAUUUCCGCUUGCAGAUAAAACUGGAAAAAAAAACUAUUUAUUUUUCAAAGCAACCCUUCAAAGCCACAAAUUCAUCAGCUAGAGAAAGACGUAACGAGAGUGAUUCUUGCUGCUAUUCUCACUAAAAAAAAAGAAAUUAAAUGAACAUAAAAACAAAAUCAAUACCUUUUACUUCUAACUAAACUUGAAAGAGGUUUGAAAAAAAAAGCAAGUUCUAAUCGUCAAGCAGAUAUGAAUUUAUUAUUUAUAAAAUCAUGUUUGAUGAUGGGGGAAAGCCGCCACCGCAAGGCAGCGGUGUAACUUUUAAGUUAAGAGGAAACUUUUACUUUGUAGAUAAUAUAAAAUAAAAACUUUAAAAAAAAUUAAAAAUAAAAAAAGUUUUAAAAACUGA